UCCCAACAGGAGCGAUACGGGAGCAGCAACUGGUUCGUCCGUCUCACCGGUGCUGCUGCUGCUACAGCACCUUCUACGGCCGGGGGAGGACUGGUUGACCCACGCGUUUGACGACUGAUUUCGGUGGAAUAACGCGGUACCGAGUUGCUUUCACUCAUUUCUGCAGGCUUUGGUAGUUGGAGAGCACAGCUUCUUCGCCAAUGGCAAGUCCGGCUGCAGACAUAGGACAGUCUCAUCAGCAUCACCCUGUGAACGAGUCGGCCGCACAGUCCGCGUUUCUGGAGGCGCAGAAAUGGAUAGAGGCUGUGACAGGAAGAUGUUUCGGUGACAAGGAUUUCAGAGGAGGUUUGGAGAAUGGGAUACUGUUGUGCGAGUUGCUCAGCUCAAUUAAACCAGGGCUGGUGAAGAAAAUCAACAGACUUCCAACACCCAUAGCUGGCCUGGACAACCUUAGUGUGUUUUUGCGUGGCUGUGAGGAGUUAGGACUGAAGGGCUCCCAGCUGUUUGACCCUGGAGACCUGCAGGACACAUCGACACGCCCCACUGCCAAGGGAAGUGACUGCAGUCGAAAGCUCAAGAAUGUUUUAAUUACUAUCUACUGGUUGGGCCGUGCUGCCAACAGCUGUACAUCCUACAACGGGCCCACGUUGGACCUGAAAGAGUUUGAGGGCCUGCUGUCACAGAUGCGAAAGGAGGCGGAAGAGGCAGAGAGCCCUAAACGCAGCAUCCGAGACAGCGGCUACAUUGACUGCUGGGACUCUGAGCGCAGUGACUCUCUCUCUCCGCCACGCCACGGGCGCGAGGAUUCAUUCGACAGCCUGGACUCCUUCGGAUCACGCUCAAGACAGACCCCGUCACCAGACGUCCUGGUCGCCCGCACCAGCAGUGAUGGCCGCGGCAGCGACUCGGAGUCCGACGGUGCUCCUCACAGGAAGAUGCCAGACGUCCGUAAGGAUGACAUGCUGGCACGACGGACGUCUGUCAGCGAGCCACGGACCGCCGUACCCUUUAACCAGUACCUGCCAAACAAGAGCAACCAGAGUGGAUAUGUGCCAGCGCCACUACGCAAGAAGAAUAACGAUAAAGAGGACGGAGGACAAAAUAGCCGGAGUACCGCCACUUCACCGAUAGGGGGCGACAGACCUCUUAGUCUAGAGGUCUCUAGCUUAGACGUCCCUCCAGGAGAAUCUCCCAGUCCAUCCCCCAGCCCGCCCCUUAAACCCUACACACAGAUUCAGACGGAGAACCACAGUAAAAAGGACACGCAGGAAGGGAAGCAGUCUACAUCUACACCUUGCAUUGAGAUCCAUGCAGCAGGCAUAAGGAGGAGGAGUGAGCCUCUGCCCUGUAGCCUCCCCCAGCCCCAAGCAGAACACCCCAGGGAGACUGUAACUCAUCUGAUGGUCACCUCUGAGCAAAGUACUCCAGCUCGCUCGUGCUCAGAGGAACUCUUCCACCAUUCAUCGACUCUAGCAGCAAAUGCCACAGCAGUCUCUGUGUUUCAAACAAGCCCCAUCAGCACAGCGGGGAAGCGAUCACCUGUGCCACACCGGGAGGAUGUCGGAAUGAGGAAAGGAGUUGCUGGUUUUCUGAUAGCUGCAGAUGCAGAGGGAGAUGAUAAGCAGGCUUGUCAAAUGCCGACCUCACCUAAAUGUAUCAUCACCCUGAGUCCCUCCAGCUUCCUUCCUGUGCCCGCUGCCAUGGCAACCGCAUCAACAGAAACAACCGAUACGUGCCAACAGAAGGGACAGCCACGGAGGGAAGGGGAUGAUCCACAUGAAGGAACGUCUUGGGUGGACAGCAGCCUUCCAGCAACGAGUGUGAGUAUGAUCGACAUGCGUGGUGAGGAAGAGGCCACGUUACAGCCGCACAGUCAGGUGCGUCAUGAGCGGAUGCACAACCAGUACAACAAAAUGAAGGAAGAGGACGAUCACUGGCAGGAUGACCUGGCCCGGUGGAAAAAUCGGAGGAGGAGUAUUUCUCAGGAUCUGAUCAAAAAAGAGGAGGAAAGGAAGAUGAUGGAGCGCUUGAUGUCAGGAGACACCUAUUCCUCUCAGAGGAGGAGAAGCAUCAAGACUUAUAGGGAGAUAGUGGAGGACAAGGAGCGUCGUGAGGAGGAGUUACGACAGGCAUAUAGGAGAGCCAGAACUCCUGAAGAGGCAACUGCCAUUCUCCAACGUUACGCCCAGCGUUUCUCCAUAAGCGAAGCAGUCCUCGAACGCCUGCAGCUGCCAAGGUUGUUGGACCGCAGCAUAUCCGCUGACCCCUCCUACCCCACCUCGUCUUUCCCGCUCUCCCUCUCCCUGUCGGCCUCGCCCACAACACCCGACCCAUUCGAUUCCGACUUCAACGGGCCCAUGAGGUAUCUGCGCCAGCAGUCUGCCCCAACUCCAAAGUUUACUUCUACAUUUGAGGCGCGAAUCGAGGAGUUUCCCAAAGACUCGUUCUCACACCAGCGCUCUCAGAUUCGCUCUCGCUCAUCUGAACCACCAUCAACCCGAGCCUUGUCACCCAAACGGGUGCCUUUGCUGACGCCUAAGCCUUAUUUCCAGUCCCCACCUGCAGGAGGUGAAACGUGGAACAGCAAGGCGGACAGUUUGCUCCGAGUAAAUGGUGAUGUUGAAGGUGAUGAUGUUCCCACCACACCUGAAAGUCAGGGGAGGGAGUCGCCUCCUCAUUUCCAGGCAUCUCCAUCCAAAAUUGAAAACAGCACUGUGGAUAAUGUUGUAGAUGCUCCCUCAUCCAAACCCUCGCUCCCUCACAGUACCCACACCUCUUCUAGGGAAGGAAGUCCAGUGUCAACAAAGGCAAAGGACACACAAGAUGCUACAGAGGUAGCUUCAGAGGAUGUUCAGGAGGUCCAGGAGGUGAGAGUCACUGAGUCAGCACCACCCAGCCGGCCCACCUCACUCCCAUCGGAGCUGCAGAAGCCGAAUGAAAGCUUUGGGAAGACUGGAGGCCAAACAGCAGCUGCAGUUCAUCAAAAGCCACCUGCAGAAGCCAAACAAGAACAGGAAAUGACCAAACCAUCUAGUGAAGACCUCUCCCAUCUUGUCCAGUCUGGGGUUGAUAUACAGCAAAAUCGGCCAGUGACAUCCCAGAAGUCAUCACAGAGAACAGAGAUGGCAUCGAGCUCAGCUCCACCGGGAUCAUUUGGAUCUCACCCGCAAAGGGAAACAAAAGCAGAGCUUGCAAACAGUGUCAGCUCUCCACUGGCAACCAGCAACCCUAAGUUACGCUGGGAGUUCUUCGCUUCGCAAGAAGAGGCGGAGAAGGAUCGACGUGGAAAUGAGAAGUACCAGCGCGAGCAGGAGAAACUGAAGGAGGAGUGGGAGAAGGCACAAAAGGAGGUGGCAGAGGAGGAAAGGAAGUACCAUGAGGAGGAACGUCGGAUACUGGAGGAAACUGUGACACCUCUGACGCCCCGCUCCUCCGCCCUGCCCUCCCCCAGUCUGGGGGAGCUCUCCUCCACCUCAGCUAAUCCUCGGGACGCUAUCGUCCGUUCACUUGCUGACUGGGAACGUAAACAGGAACUGCUGGAGAGGCAGUCGAGGAGCAGCACAGAGAGCGUGGAUCUGAAACGUAGAGAAAACGAUCGGACGAGUGACAUCAGCACCGCUGACGAGAGCAUGAAAACGGGCAGAAGCUCAAUGAGUCAGAGCAGCAGUCAGACAGAGAAAUUCGGUCACAGCCUACAAAAUGGCCAAAAGCUUCCUCAAGUGCCGGCCAAAUCAUCUCCUUCAGUCAAGAAACAACAAGAACUCCCGGCAGACGGCAGCAAACCCGGCGUUCCUGCAGGAGGACGAAGGAGUGGCCCCAUUGAUAAUAACAUGGGCUCAUCAAAACCCCCCGCAGCAUGCCCACCACCUUCUGAUACACUGCCUUCAGCACCCAACAGGUCUGUCAGUGGGAAGAAGCUGUGUUCCAGCUGUGGUCAGCCGUUAGGAAAAGGGGCCGCCAUGAUCAUAGAGACCCUCAGCCUCUACUUCCACAUCCACUGCUUUAAGUGUGGUGUGUGUAAAGGACAAUUAGGUGACACAACCACAGGGACGGAUGUCCGAAUAAGAAACGGCCUUCUCAACUGCCACCAGUGCUACAUCCGCUCCCGCUCUGCCGGACAGCCAACCACAUUGUGAUACUCGACUGACAAGCACAAGGAAGAACCCCCUUCCCUGUUUUAACCUGAUUAUCUGCAAAUCACGUCCUUCACAGCGUGUCAGAAUCUUUGCAUCCUCUGCAGUUCGAUAACCAUUCAAGAUUCAUCAUGUGGGCCUGAAUGUGGGG